AUGGCUAAAUCCGCGAGGGCUGUAAAGACAUCUGCUGCCAACAGCUCCAAGUCUGAUGGUAUAGAAGCUAGCGAAAAUAUUUCUAUACCAGCGAAUGAAAUUGAUGACGAUCAUGAACAACUUCUUGUACGAGACGGAGUAGUGGUAGGACUGCAGCAGCCCAAUGGCCGCUUUGUAGACGAGACAGGAGUGCAGGAAAUUGUGUACGAAAUCAAUGAGCAUGAUCUUGUUCUUUGCAUAGUCUACUUUAUUUUCGGUUCUCGAGGCUACAAGAAAGGGGUGGCCGAUGAAGUUGAAUCUUAUCCCUGCCCGCUUUGUCCUGAUAGAGUGUUUUUGACAUCGUUUGGUCUCGAAAAACAUGCAAUGGAGAAACAUAAGAACCACUUGCAACAGAUAAUUGAUCACAUCGAAGCAAUCAGUGCUGAAUGGCGACGGCGAGAGGAAGAACUCUCGCGGCGAAGGGAACGCGUUUAUGCUGCUCGGCUUCGGCAGGAAACUAUCACAAGACACGCACUUGAGCAGGUUUCAAAUGGAACUCUUGGCACUUUUCCCGGUAUGGUGUGA